AUAAACGAUAACAAUGGUGUGCUUCACCUUUACAAUGUUCUGAAAGGCACAAAGUCCGAGUCCUUGCAGUACAGGAUUGUUCGGACUAUAGGUAACCAGUCACAGCAUAAAGUCAGUUGUGAUGGUUUUGUCAAGCUUGGAUGCACUGAACUUAUCAUUACCCUAUUGCAGACCUGUAAAGAUGAUGAAACCAAGUGUGCUUCCAUAAGAGCACUAAGAUCAAUAGCUUACAGUGGUGAGCACUGCAGAAAGAUUGUAAAUGAAAGAGGCAUCUUUCACAUUUGCAAUGCAAUAACUGGAUCCUCUAACAGCCUUCUGAUGCAGGAGGUUUUCAAAGCCUUGACUCACUUUCUCGCAUUGCCCAUCCAAAACAUGUUUGAAACAGGCCAGCAGUAG